AUGAUCUACACUAAGACAAUCCUGCUCUCUCUCCUCUGGCUCUCGUUAGCUACAGCAGACGUUGUCGCCCAGAUGUGGAAAUGCAAAAACCAGAAUCCCAACCUGGACAACCUCCAGUACAGCCAAGACGACGCCCUUGCUCUCAUAGCACAAGCACCCCUAACCAAAACCGAAAACGAAUCGGGCUACCCGUACUUCUUCAACAACGGCUACGAUAACCUGGGAAGGGUAAAAGAUCCUAAGAACAAUCCACCGUUGAAAUUCCCCGCCGCCCACUGCAACAACCCGACAAAGCGCUCGAAGGGCGGUGGUGGCAUAAACGACCAUUAUCUACUCGAGAUCCCCAUCUCCCCGCAGGAUCACCCGUACCCCUUUGGUAAUAGAGCAGACCCCCAGUUCGGUCUUGCACGUGUCAUCUAUGCCUAUCCGGAUAAGACGUUUUGUGGAAUUGUGGCUCAUCCUAGGGGUAGCCAGGGAUCGCUUGAGCUGUGUCAGCAGUGCAAGAAUGCAUCCUCCGUGCAUUCAUAUCUUGAUAUCCAGGGAGGUGGCGUAACAUAUGGGUCAAGCUAUCGAGGUGGUCAGCGGAAUGCUCUCCUCAACAACGAUCCGUCUUUCUUCCACGCGUCUAUCAUGACUGCACUCAUCAAAUGGGCCACGAAGGCAAUUAAAAGGCCUCCAUCACAGCCUCUGUGUUUUCCUACCAGUGGCUUCAGAAAUAUCCCUCCCUCAGAAGUGCUGGAGGAGGAACGGUUUGCGCAUUUCAAACAAGGACAAUACUAUCCUGCCAAUAUUGGAGACGUGCUGGACUCCAAAUACCAGAUCGUCGGUAAACUUGGGUUUGGGUCUACUUCUACCGUAUGGCUCGCUUGUGAUCUUGAAGGCCAUCGAUAUGUGACCGUCAAAAUUUAUACGCGUAGCAACGGUAACGAAGAAGAAUUCCAGAUCUUUAAGCAACUAAAUCUGGGAAGCUCACGGCAUCCUGGCCAUGCUCAUAUAAGAAGAGCACUGAAUAUCUUCACAAUCCCCCGCUCCGGCGGCGACCAUUUAUGUCUGGUGCAGAAGCCGAUGUGGGAAAGUUUCAGGGAUCUACUCUAUCGUAAUCCAAGUCAUCGAUUCACGGAAGAUCUUCUCAAAGCGGGUCUGAUGCAAGUCUUCCUUGCACUUGACUAUCUCCAUACUGAAUGCAAGCUUGUUCACACUGACAUCAAAAGCGAUAAUAUUCUGCAAGAGAUAGAGGACAAGUCGAUUCUUGAAAGUUUUACCCAAGCUGAGCUGGCAAACGCUUCGCCUCGCAAAUUCGUCAAUGGGAUGCCAGUAUAUGCUUCACGACGGUUUGACUUACCGAAGGUGUUUGGCCGGGCUGUUUUAAGUGACUUUGGCUCUGCCGUACGAGGAGACGAGAGGAGGAAUCAUGAUGCGCAACCAAACAUCUAUAGAUCACCGGAAGUGAUGCUGAAGACGGAUUGGAGCUACCCGGGCGACAUUUGGAAUGUUGGGGUUAUGGUCUGGGACUUGUUUGAGGGAAGGCACCUUUUCUACGGAAACGAUCCCGAUGGUAAAGGGUAUUCGACCCGGGCGCAUCUUGCAGAAGUCAUGGGCGUUCUAGGGCCACCUCCUUUGGAUAUGCUUCAGCGUGGAAAACGAAGCCAUGAAUUCUUUACGGAGGAUGGUAAGCAUUCCUUCCGCACAGAUUGCGCUUGA